GACAGGAAGCUCUGCAUCUGUCCAGCUCUUUGCUCGUCCAGAGACUUCGCCCUGUUCUCCCUCCGACUGUGUAUCCAUUCACGAAAGCAACCCCCAACGCGUCCGGAAUCCCUCGAGUCUUCACGAAGACAGCAGCCAGGACUGAGACGUUCACGCGCGUCGUUCUCUGCGGCAAGAUCACCCCUCGUCUCUUCCGCGGCGAAAAGGGGCGGUGUUCGCUCGAUCCGGACAGCUUCGUUGGAAACGCGUGCUGGAAACCAUCGCGAUCAAUUCCGCGACGUUGAUUGUAUCCCGAGCUUGAUACCGCGGACCUCUAGCCAACAUCGAUUGAUUUCUCCGACAACAUUCAAGAAGAGAGUUAAAAGUGUUUUUUCGGGGCCAAAACAGCCCGGCAAGCGAAGAGGCUCCGGGAUCAAAGCAACAGCAGGAAGACAUGGGCCCGAUGCCGGAGGCUUCAGGAUCUGGGAUGACCGACGAGGAUGAUUACUCGACUUUCGAGAAUAAAACCGGCCUGGCUGAAGACAUGAAGUUUUUGGCGAGUAUGCCAGAACUCUGCGACGUGACAUUUCUCGUUGGUGACACCAGGGAGCCAGUUUGCGCCGUAAAAGCUGUGCUCGCGGCCAGAAGCAGAGUCUUCCAUAAAAUGCUAUAUCAAACUCCGAGUCCGCAACGUAAAAAAGAACCGCCGGCGCGAGAAAACAAGAUUCGGCUCUUUCUCAAGCGCAGCUCCGAGCCGCUGUUAAAUUUGCAGAACGCUGCGCAACAGCGGUCAGGGUUCACGCAGCAACUGGCCCCCAUCCAAGAGCCGCAAUCACAUCAGCAUCAUACGCUGAUUAUCGAGGAAUUCGAGCCCGAUGUCUUCCGGCAACUGAUCGAGUAUAUACAUACGGGAUGUGUGACAUUACAGCCUAGGACUUUGCUUGGGGUAAUGAACGCCGCCGAUUAUUAUGGAUUGGAUGAACUCAGGCGAGCCUGUGCAGGCUUUGUUCAAUGUUGUAUAACCGUUGAUACGGUCUGCGCUCUGUUAGCAUCAGCGGAGCGUUAUAUUCAAUAUAAGUGCACGAAAUCCUUGGUUCAGAAGGUACUAGAGUUCGUCGAUGAGCAUGGCAAUGAAGUACUGAAUUUAGGAUCAUUCACAUUACUACCGCAACACGUUGUUCGUUUGAUCCUUGCCAGAGAAGAAUUACGUGCAGAUGAAUUUACGAAAUUUCAAGCUGCAUUAAUGUGGAGUAAAAAGUAUUGCGACAACAAUCAAAAUACCCCGUUGAAAGAUGUAAUUGGUAACUUCAUCGAGUACAUUCAAUUUCACAAAAUUCCAGCCACUGUAUUGAUGCAAGAAGUAAAUCCUUUGGGAUUGGUGCCACCGGAAAUUAUCAUGAAUGCAUUAGCUUAUCAGGCAGACCCAACCAGUGUCGACCCCAGAAAAUUCUCUCCCCACAGAGUGAGGAGACAGGGUCGCAGCAUGUCGGUCCAGUCGUCGCUGGAUCCGUAUGGCAGCAUCACGACCUUGAGCUCGAGCGGCUCCGACGCCGGAUCGGAUCAGAAACAAAAUUCUGGUAACGAUGUUAUCGCAGAAGAAAGAGAGCAGAGAGAAAAACAGCGACCGCAACAGCAACAACAACGGCAGCAGCAGGAGCAACAGCAAGAAUCUCAAGUUCAGGUUCAUGCGGAACAGGAAGCGCCUCAACCACAGCGUCAACCGCAGGAACAACAGAAACAGGAACAAGUGCAAUUACAACAAAAAGAGCCGGGUCAUCUACAGCAGCAAGUCCGUCAGAAGAUAGAGAAAGACAGAGAGCAAAGGAAGCUUCAACAAGAACAACAGCUAUUGCAGCGUAAAUUAGAACUGGAAGAACAACUACGACGCAAGCUGGAGCGAGAUGAAGAAGCAUUACAGCGAAAACUGGAACAGGAAGAAAAACCGUUGCAACAAAAGAUGGAACAUGAAAUACGAAGGAAACUAGAAAAAGACAAAGAGGAACAGCAGCAAAUUAUGCGGCUGAAAAAAGAAGCGGAGCAGCUGAAGAAAGAAGAAAUGAAACGUUCGCCGAAAGCUGAACAGUGUGCGCAGCAACAGAAAAAAGUUGACGAUAAACAGUCGCAACUGCAAAAGGCAGACGAACAGUUGGAACUGCAACAGAAACGCAAACAGCUGCAAGAACCGCUGGAUAAAAAUGAGCGAGCGAAACUGCGCAAGCAAGGUGAGAAAGCAGAGAUAUCGCGUCAAGAGUCAUUUGUGCAACAGCAAAAGAUGGAGAUAACAGUGCAAGAAGAUCAAGAGGCACAGCACCGGAAAGAGAAGCCGCAGUUGUCACAGCCUGGGGAAUCGCAACAGCAGCAGCAACUACAGCAGCCGCAGCUACACCAGGAGCAGCCGGGAAUCCGACCGCUCGAGGGAGUCAGUGGACUUUACAUUAGGAUAGUGCUGAGGCACGAAGGUCGCGCGAAUCUAGUCUGGCUAUACAAAACACAUAUAUUCUAAAUUUCGAUCAUUCGCCUCGUCGCUUCCGUCUGGAUGUCUCAAGCGACCUCGCAGCUAUACGGCUCUACGACUUAUCCAUCCAUGUUGAAAGGUACCGUGAAUGCGAGACGUAAUGCAUUAAGACGCAUUACAGCGCUCCGCAUAUUCCGGGGUUACUUAAUGUCUUAAGAGAGCAUCGGCGUUUCCUUUAACGUUCUAAUGUUGACGUGUCGAAGUAACGCGCGCGUCAGAAUAUCAAGUUCUGGUGCAUGUAAUCAACUUCUUCUCCACGAUGCAAAUGAAGCUUUAACGGUACCGUCUUUGCGCCGCCGCAAUCUCGAUAGUUUCGAUAUGCGCGUCGCCAUUUCUAGAUAUAAUAAAUCAGAGGAUUCCGUUAGGCUUGAUUGUCCAUGAUCGUGGAAGAAGACAAUCGUACUCAUGUUACUGUUGCAAGAGAAAUAUGUAUUUGUUAAACGUAAAUAUGUGCAUGUAAACAAAAAUGCAUCUGUCGCUUCGUUUAUCAUGCUUUCUCUAUCGUGUGUGUUCGACAAGUUCAUACCGUUCAGUCCAAUAAAUGCACCACUGCGGAUAGAUAACUAACAUGAAUUAAUUAAAAAGUGCAGUUUAAAGAUACAGUUUCUUGUAUAUUAUUUAUUAUUUGUAUUUUUAUGAUCAUUAGCCCACAUAAUUUAUCUCGUGCAACUAUUUUUUGUAGUAUCUAAUUUGUCAUAAAUUAUAUGUUUGCCAUAAACUUCGUAAUAUUUUUUACCAUCUUUACUUCUCACCAUUGAACUGUUUCUAUUAUUAAUCAACGAAACUGCAUUGUCAAAAAGAUUGACUUAUAUCGAACGAACUUUUCACUACGAGAUAUAAUGUGAUUAUAGUAACAAUUUCAGAGAAACACUAUAUACGCUUGUUAAAAAUAGAUCUUAUAUUAUAGCCAAGAGAGAUAUGUAAUAUAUAUUCUAUAUGUUUCUGGAAAAUGGUGGCCAUUUGACAGUAAUAGGUGACUGGAGAGCCGAUAUUUUGCCAUGAAUGCUUCCCUGGAUAUUAUUACACUCGAUGCAAGACAUAUUAUUCAUUCAGUUGCACCGUCAAUUAUCAGAAAACCAAAAAUCACAGCGAAGCUAUGGUUCAGGUAGUAACAGAAGUCUGAAUACUCGCCAGAUAAAUUUUGCAGAAACGAAUAUUAUUGUCAUAGUUUUUAACUAUAAUAAUUGAUGCAUGCAGCUACAAAAUAAGUUAUAUAUUACACUUCAGUCCGUUAUAAAUAAAAAAUAUGCACUAAAGUUUAGACACGCGCUCUUAGUAACGUUAGAUAGCAAUCCGGUAGAGAUUACACAGAAGCAGUUUAAUUUUUAAGCAGAGCUUAACGCAUAGAUCAAAACGUCAACAACAAUUGACAAUGAGCGUAAAACUAAAACGCAGCUGUCACCUCUGGUAAUGUUUUUAUUACUGUCGCAUGUGCAGCUUAUUUGCGUAGAUGUGUCAAAGAUAUGUUCAUAAAUGUGAAUAUAUUUACUUGUCUAUGUACCGUUGUCUGUUGUGUGCAGCGACAUUUCUAUUGUUUUAUACGUAAGAUGUAUGUACAAACAAAAAUAUAUAUAUAUAUAUAUAUAUAUCGUUGAGCAGCCUAAAUGGCGCGAACUCCUUAUCACAAUGUUAAUCGAUAAUGCGAUCGAGCUAAACAUAAAUGGAUAAAGUAUGGCAUAAAGUAUCGCGCGUACUGAGGUUCUUUCUUCUUAUUUAAAAUGUAAUUCAAUUAAAACUGAUUAACAUGUUCACUGUCACCGACGCGCAGGCGCGUCUUUGAUUUGCGCUUGUGUCUCUAUUUUUAAGCGCUUAAAGUAUAAGCGCCAAAAGUUUUAUACAACUCGCCUCACUAAAAUCACUUUUUAAGAAAAUUAUGACGAAAUGUUCCUGGCGAAAUGUUCUAAAAAUAAAAUGAAAACAUAGUGAUAGUAAACAUGUUAAUUCAAUGAUUUCUUUAGCAAUUUGCUGUUCUGCUAUUAUUCUACUGCGUAUUUUAAUCAAUUCAUUAUUAUACUAGUAUCCAUUAGUCUUCCAUCUAUUCUUAUUUUGAGAGGAAAUACACAUAAGAAUAAAUUUUUCAAUUU